CUUCUCACUGCCGCCUGACCUUCGCCAAAAAUCAACUCCUUCGCUCUUCCUCCAAAUCGAUUAGAACUCCAAACUUGGAAUCCAAGACCUUUGUUGGAUCCAAGCCCAAUCCGACACAUGGAUAAUCGAUGCCCUAAUGAGACCAUCAAUCCUCGCUCUCCUCAACAUCCCCACCGGACGUUGCUUCUUCAAAUACGAUGCAUCACUGGCGAUCCCGGACCGAAUCCCGAUGAGUUCUUCGACGAGUUCUGCAACGAGGAUGAAGAGGAAUCAAACGGGCCACUGUCAGCACCGAGUUCUGCCCAUAUUUCCCCUUUUCCUUCUCCUUUGCCUUUGACACGAUUUCUUCCAGCAGCUCCUCCCCCCUCCGACCAACGUCUCCAUCCAGCGUCGCCUUAUUUGAGCUUCGACUUUUUCCAGCUGUACGAAACGAGAGAUAUCAAAGCAAAACAUGGUACAUAUGAAACUUACAACAUUCUACUGGAAUGGAAUCUUGAAUUCUUAUUCUGUGAGAAUAGAAUCUUGAAGAUGAACAUUGUAUGAGAUGAAGAUGAACAAUGACCACCAAUCUCCCAAAAAGAAUGGAUUAUUCUACCAGAAUAAUAUACAAUAUAAUGAAAAAAAUAUAUGUAAUAGUAUAUUCUAGUAGAAUGAUUCAUAUAUUGUGUUUUUUGUGUUAUUAAUAAGUGUAACAUUCGCAUAGAAUAGUAUAUAUAUAUUUUUUCUUUUCUAAGAAUGUAAUGAAUUUUUUUUCAACUUGUAUCCAA